ACGCUGAGUCAGUUCAGCUCGAUCGAGUCCGAGGCAACACGUGUCCAAGUGCGGCUCUCUCCCCCAAACAAUUUUUGUUCUUUUCUUAUCAAGUGCCUCGUGUUGCUUCAGGUGGAACUUAUUACUAGUGAUUCCGCCACGUGCAAAUUAACUUUUUGAUCGAAAUUAAUGUACAGCCGUUUCAAACAUUCUUGUGUGUAAUUUCUGGAUAAAUUUUUCCACCGGUUGUUGUUUGGGCAACAUUCGUCUGCAACUGGAAUUUCGCACAAUCCAUCAUCGGUGCUGGCGCCCCCGUCUCACGCUCUUUGGGAAAGUUUGACGCUCAAUUGACUUUUACAACGCCGUUCAAUCACUAAAGAAGAAAGAAAAAAUCUAGUUGCCCGUCAAAAUAUCUCUCCAACCUAAAUAUUAUAUGUAUUGAAUUGAAUCAAACAACACGAUCGAGUGGCCAGCCGCCCGCCAUGAUGGCACCAGCAGCAGCGAGAGGGCAAAGUGCUUUGGUUUAUUAUUGCCAUCGCAUUAUAUAACAAGAAAACAGAAAAAAAAAUUCCUCGAGUGAAAUUGGAUCGGUGAAAUUCUAAACAGGAGCCGGCCAAAGUGAUAAUCAGAUCAUCAAGUUGAUUCCAUCCCGACUGUGGGGGGGUUUACAUUUCUUCAGAUUGUCGUCGUCGUCGAAUUAAGUAAUAGAAAAUGCCUUCCGAAACUCGCAGGAUUGGAUUACCACCGGCCAGAGCGUCUCUGCCGUCGUCGUUUCGCACUGUCGAUUUCGGUAGUUCGGUGCGGAAGUUGAUCGGAUCGAAAUCGAGUUCGCCGGCGGCGCAUGGGACUUGUGCCACCGCUAACGGAUCACCGUCGGCAGCAGCAGCCGCAUCCGCCGCUCCGUCGUCGUCGCGAUCGUCCAGCAGCCCGGCCAGCAAAUUGAGCAGCUACUUCCAGCGCUCAUCGUCGGCCACCUCGUCGGGCUUCCGGCGCAACGGCCACCUCCCGUUGGCCGGCAGUUUGAGCGGCAGCAGCCUCGGCUUGAACUCUGGCGGAGUUGCCCAGCGAUCGGCCCAGUCCCAGCCGCCAUCGGUGCUGCCCAACGACUUGUGCCCGAGUUGCCUGAUGCCUUUCGACAAGAACCGCAAGCGCCGAUUGAUCGACUCCUGCGGACACGAGCGAUGCUACGCCUGUCUCUUCUCCAGUGAACUUUGCCCACUCUGCUCGCCAGGCCAUCCACCGGGUAAGAAAUUGGUGGGCGGCAAUCAGCAUCAUGGCCGUCUGGCCCUGUUGAAAUCCAGGACGGUGGGCAGCAGCCACGAGUUGAAUGUUAAACAUGACGACGACGACGAGGGCUCUGCAUCCGCUGCUGCCACUGCAACUGUCAUCGCCCAUCACCCGUCGUUCGCCCUCCACCACCACCAGCAACAACAGCAACAACAUGCGCCGUCGCCGCCGCCUCCACUGCGCUCCAAAGUCAAAACCAACGGCCAUUUGAUCCCCUACAUGCAGCAAAAGCAACAGCAGCAGCAGAUUUACGUCGAAACGAGAAACGCUUCAGAGAGAGUGACCGGAUUGCCUCCAGCUCCCGGCACUUCCUGCCGUUCCCCGACUCCUGCCAGCAGUGCUGUCACUUCGCCUUUCGUCCGUCGCAAGACCAUGCCUUCUAGUCCUUCCAUAUCUCCGCGUUCCAGCCGCUCCAUGUGGAGCUCCCGCCGGCUGGUCCGUCACAACGGCAGCUCGCCGUCGCCGGCCCGCUCUUCGGCCGCCACCGAUGCCUCCGAUCACCACCAGCAGCUGCAGGAGCAGCAGUCCGUCUACGGACAGUGUUCCCAGGGUCCGUCGUCGUCGAGGAGACGUCGAGCCAGUCCGUCUCCGUCGGCCGGCAGCGAAAUGAUGAGCCGAUUGGGGCUCCUAUUCGGGGCCGAGGCCCGCAAUUCACGCAGCCCAUCCAGCGGACGCGGAAGCGCCACGCUCAUGAGCGCCCGCAGCCAGGAUUCCUCUUCGUCCAUGAAGAGUCUUGACGUUCCGGCCAAUCGGGUCACCUCGUCCAACGCCAGUCCCGUCUCCACGCUCACCGGAUCGUCUGAGGCCGAGAUGCAGUCGCAGGCUUUGAGAGAGGUUCACGACCACUCUUCCGACAGCUUGGGCUCGUCCCUUUCCAUGUCGCUGGGCGGCCGGAGCGCUUCCGUUUCACCCGGCCCGUGUUUCGCAGCGUCACGACGCCAUUCUUUAACCGUUUCUCAAGCCGGCCAACAAGCGGAUGACUCGCACAUGUUUGGCCAGCGACAGGCCCUGAUUCGCCGAUCCGCCCGCAACGGAACUGUUCUCGGCCCCAUCGAUCCCAAGAUUCGAUUCGCCCAAUUCCGGCCGCCGCUGCUGGCCCUCAAGCCGCUUUUCUUCCAGGUGCCGCAGCAAGAAAAUAUCGAGUCGCAAUUCUUCUGGGGUCGAUCCUGGAUUUUCCGCGACAUGGCGUCGCAUUUGCUUCCGCCAACGUCGUCGUCGUCGUCGGGCGGACAGCCGAUGGAAAUGGCCGGCUCGAAUCGUCGCGGAGUCAUCCUCAGCGGUGCUACCGGAAGCGGGAAAACUUGCGUAGCGCUCCAGCUGGUCGAAUACAGCUGCUUCGGCCGCUCGCGGAUCCCCAUCGCAUCGGCUCCCACUCGGGCCGAGUGCAUCUACGAAAAUCCCUACUCCAGCACUUCCGGCGAAUCCAUUUACGGCCGGAUUCACACUCCGGUCCCUCCGGCUGCCGAAACCAUCCAGUCAUUGGCCACCAGAGUGGUGGCCUACCACUUUUGCCAGGCUGACAACAGCAGCACGUGUCUGGUUCCGGAUUUCGUUCAUUCGAUUGCGGCCCAGUUGUGCCAGGCGCCCCAGUUGGUGGCCUUCCGGCAGCUGCUCCUCUCCGAUCCUCACCUGCAAUCGCUGCUCAGUCUGAAGGAGUGCAUUGCCAAUCCUCACAGCUCAUUCGUCAACGGCAUCCUGGAGCCGCUGUCUUCCUUGAAACGAUCCGGCGAAGAGGGCGGUUUUCCAACGUGCCUUAUGGUGGUGGACGGCCUGUGCGAAGCCGAGUACCACCGGCCGGAUUACGGCGACACCGUCAGCAGUUUCCUGGUUCGACACGCCCUCCAGUUCCCCAAUUGGCUGAAAGUUGUCGUCACUGUCCGGUCUGGAUUGCAGAAUAUCACCCAGCUCCUGCCAUACGCUUCGAUCUCAUUGGAUGCACCCGGUGCCGGCGACUGGCCCAACAAGGAUCUGAUGGAUUACACGUGCCAUCGAGUCAACAAUUGCGCCACCAUUCGAAGUAACGUGGCCAUGGCCGGCGUCAAGAGUUCUUCCGGCUCGGAGAUUUACGGGACGGUCGGCAACGGAAUCAGCGGGACCGGCUCGCAGGGUCAGGUGGCCCGUUUCGCCGCCCACCUGAGCGGCCUGUCUCGAGGCAAUUUCCUCCACGCCAAGAUGGCCCUGGAUUUGAUCGAGCAAGGCCACCUGGUGACGAAAUCCGCCUCGUUCAAAGUCCUGCCCGUCACCCUCUCCGAGAUCUUUUUGCUUAACUUUAAUUUGCGCUUCGCCAGUCUGCGGGCCUACGAGCGAGUCCAGCCCAUCCUGUGCGUCUGCCUGGCCAGCCUCAAUCCCAUGAGCCUCCUGGAAAUUUACCACUCGGUCAACGCCCUGCUGGGCGCCGAGCCGCUCACCUGGGAGGAGUUUAUGCAGCGAGUCAAACUCCUCAAGGGCCUCCUAGUCCAGCGCUCCGACGACACGUACAUGCUCUUCCAUCCGUCGUUUAGAGAGUGGCUGGUCCGGCGUGAGGACGGCGAGAACACCAAGUUCUUGUGCGAUCCCCGUACCGGGCACGCUGCCAUUGCUUUGAGGCUCUCACGUCUGGAGGCUCCGCUGGAUGCCGAGAAAACCAUGGAGCUGGGCCAUCACAUUCUCAAAGCCCACCUCUACAAGAGCUGCGGCCCAGAGAUGGCCGUUCCCCCCCGAGAUCUCCAGGCCGUCUGGGUCGCCCUGAGCGCCGACGAUGUUUCCGCUUCUCUCGGAUCCAUCCGCAACCUCUUCAGUCCUAACGUCAAGGUCUCUCGACUGCUGCUCCUUGGCGGUGCAUCCGCCGACCACAUUACGGAAAUGCGGGGCAACAGUCCGCUGCUGUGCCUCUACGCCCAGGAGGGUCUCACCGAAAUGGUCUCGCUCCUGUUGGAAUUCGGAGCCAAUUGCAACGUCACCACCAACAGCGGAGUGUCGGCCCUGUCGCUGGCGGCCGAGCGCGGCCACUGCGACAUUGUCCGCAUGCUGGUCCAGAACGGCGCCCAGCUCAGUCAGGUGGACAACGGCGGCUCGUCGGCUCUGCUCUACGCCGCCCAGAUGGGCCACCUCAACGUGGUCGGCUACCUGCUGUCGUGCGACUGGCCGGCCGACGGUUUCAGCGACAACGAGCUGACGCUGUCCGAAGCGGCCCAGCAAGCGUUGAUUGUAGCCGCCGGGCAAGGGCACGCCCAGGUCCUGGAAUUUCUACUGGACAUGGCCGAAGUCAGAGUCAAUUUGCCGGACAGUUUGCGCGGGCACACGGCCCUCACAGCUGCUGCCACAGCCGGCCACCUCGACAUCUGCCGCAUCCUCGUUCGGCGCGGGGCCAGUCCCGCUGUUACAAAUCUCACGGAUGUGACCGCGUUGAUCUGCGCCGUACAGGAGGGCCACUGGGAAGUGGCCGAGUCGCUUCUGCAAGAAUCGACGGCUUCAGUCGACCAGACGGACGGAAUUGGCCGCACCGCCUUGAUGGUGGCGGCCGCUGAGGGCCAUUUAGGUGUUAUGGAACUUUUGCUUACCAAAGGAGCGGACGUCAAGAAAACUGACAAGGAAGGUUUGACGGCGUUGAGCUGGGCCUGUCAUCAAGGCCAUCGUCAUGCCGUAAUGACACUGCUGGACAAAGGCUCUAGUGUCAAUGCCAUUGAUAAAAACGGACGUACGCCGCUGGAUCUCGCCGCCACUUGCUCCGACCCUAAAAUUGUCCAGAUUCUCUUGGAGAAAGGUGCAAUUCUAGAACAUGUGGAUUUGCACGGAAUGAGACCGCUCGAUCGAGCCAUCAGCUGCCGCAACACGCCCGUCGUUCAGGCCUUUUUACGGCGCGGUGCUAAACUUGGGCCGGCCACCUGGGCUCUUGCUGCCGGCAAACACGACAUAUUGUUGAUUCUGAUGGGCAAACUAUUAGACGACGGCAACACGCUGUACAAGAAGCAACGACUGCAGGAAUCCACCCAACGAUUCCAGUACGCCCUGAAAAAAUUCCCUCCGGCGGAAGACUAUGGCGGAGCCGAAUACCAGUCGGCCUUCCAACACUUGCGGAUUCAUCUGACGCUGAAUCUUGCUCGAUGCAAGCGCAAAAUGGGGGAUUCCAAUGAAGCCAUCACCAUUGCGUCGGAAGUGCUAGCCUUGAGACCGGAUUCCUUUGAGGCUCUUUAUGUCCGAGCCAAGGCAAGGCGUGACGUUGGACAAACUGAACAGGCGUUGUCGGAUUUAAAUGAGGCCAUGAAAGUAGCCCCACCUGGUAGGGAUGUGCGAAAGGUUUUGCUGAAGGCCAUCGAAGAGACCGAAAGUGCCCAACGGCUCCCUGGAACUUCCACCCUGGCCUUAAUGGAAACAUCUUCUGACACCAUCCAAGACUGCUGCAGCAGCGGAGUUGGUUCCAGUUUGACUUCCACUUCCGAACGAGGUUAACCCCCUUUGCUGGGCACCACUGUUCGUUUGACCGUGCCUCUAGUGAAAUAAUUGUUAAAAUAUUUAGUUCAAUGUAAUUUUCGUCUUUUAACUUACCGUAAGUCUUGCAAUUGGCGUGUUUCGUUCUUCCGAGAUAAUUUGUUUUUUUUUUCAUCCGCUUUGGCGUCGGAUCAAAUUCUCAGUAGACGUCUCAUAACUGAAAUUCAAUUCAUUUCUAUCAAUUUUAGAACCAGCUCUUGAUGAUUAUUAACUUAUUGGCGAUUCAAUCAAAUAAUGACAUUUGUAAAAGGUAUCUUCUAUUAAAAAAGCGUGACGGUUUAUAGAAACAAAAUGUUUUCACUAAGUGACAUGUAAAAGAAAUAAAUGAAAUCUAUAGAACUGA